GCGUGUGAAUUGUUUGUUUACUUUUAUUAAAAUAAAUUAACUGAAAAACGUUUUUUAAAGCUCAAAUACUUUUGCACUGGCUGCAAUACAUGCGAAUCAUGAGUGGUAUAAUCGACCUGUCCUGUGUGAAAAUUGAGCGAGACCAGGAGCUGGAGCAGCAGCAGGAAUUCUGUGGAAUCUUGGAGAACGCCAACAGUGCUCAACUAAAAACUGAAUUGCCUUUCGCAGAGAUGGACAUAGGACCUGUUAAAGUAGAUCCGGAUGGAUUGAAAGAGGAGCCAGCAGGCAAGGGGCAGAUUAAACAAAGAAAUGAGUCUCCGAGGACUCGCAAGAAGAAGAGAGCUGCUGCACCAGCAGUUGCUGUUCCUCCUACUGAUGCCAAGAGACACUAUCAAUGCCCACAUUGUCCACGGCAUUUCGAACGCAGCGAUGAGCUGAGUAUCCACCUGCUAAUACACACACAUAAUCUAUCCUACAAGUGUUCCUACUGCCCGUGCAGCUUUUCGCACAAAUCCAUCUAUACAAGCCACAUGUAUGGACAUACGGGGAAAUUUCCACAUCAGUGCCCCGACUGUCCUCAGGGAUAUAUGAAAUAUGCGGAUCUGAUGAAGCACCAACGCACGCACAUUAUCAAGGAUUUGAACCGGUGUCCUUUGUGUCCCAAGAAUUGCAUACAUAAAGGCAAGAGUUUUCUCCAAUGCCCGGAAUGUCCACGCGUCUUUGCCAAAGGCUUCGAAUUGGAAAUCCAUCUGCAGAUCCACAGCAACAAGUUGCCCUACAAGUGCCCACAUUGUCCAAUCAGUUUUGCCCACAAAUCGAAUUUUAUAGCGCACGUUCGCGAGCAUACGGGCCAGUUUCCUCAUAAAUGCCCGAAUUGUCCGAAAGGAUUUAUGAAGCGCACUGAUUUGAUUAAGCACAAUUGCGAAGGGUGGAAUACUCCAAGCAGGGCGAACAAAAGGAAAAAAAGUGGCAUUGAUAAGGAGGGUGUGGAGCCAGUGGAGCAACAUAAGGCGCUGCUAAAAAAGGAGCCAGUUAAGAGUCAGGUGGAAAGAAGGAGCAGUCCAAGAGUCAAAAGGCCUGAAAAGGAAUCGACAACAGCAGGGAGCAUACAAGAACCGAGGAAGGAGAUGCAGCUGGAGCAGCAGGCAUCCAUAAAAAAAGACAGUGCCUUAGCGAACCUGAACAGUAAAAAUGAUUCAAAGCUGACCUCUAUCAAAACAGAGCCGCAGGAGGAAGAGGAGCAGAGCACGCCUAAGCAGCAGCCUUUAAAUGUUAACUCAAGACUCAAAGCCAGAAAACCUAUGGAGCAGCCCGUUGUAAGAAUUAAGAGGCUGCGCAGCCAUACAUGCAAUUUAUGCAGCAAGGAAUUCCCAACAGUCCAGGAACUGCAAAUGCAUGAAAAACGCUGCGCCUCGUCGAGCAGGCCAGGCGAGGAAUCAAGUCCUUAUAAAUGUGAGCAUUGCUUGAGGAAGUUCGCCCAGUUGUCCAGCCUCACAGAGCACAAACUCAGUCAUGUGGCAACACUUCCAGAUAAAUCCCCGCCUCCUGUGCGUCCAGUCAAGAAGCCAUUUAAGUGUCCGCACUGUGCGUGCACCUUUGACAGCACUUUGAAUCGGAAAAACCAUUUGCAAAUCCAUCAGGCCCAGAGCAAUUAUUCCUACAAGUGUCUGCAUUGUGCAAGGACCUAUCAGCAGAAGUCGAACUUUCUGGCGCACUUGCGCGGACACACGGACGAGCGUCCCUAUCAGUGCUCCUACUGCAUGAAGGUCUUCAAACACAGCCACGUUCUGAAGAAACAUCUGCGCAAUCAUAGGGGCGAUCGGCCGUACCUAUGUCUGCAUUGCCUGCAAACCUUUGCGCAGAGCUCGCACUUCCAUGAGCAUCUACAAAAACAUGCCAACGAAAUGCCAUACAAGUGUCCACAUUGCACGCGGUUCUUCCUUAAGGCCGUUAGCUACAAACUACAUCUGCGCACCCAUACGGGCGGAAAAUCGUGAAAAUGCCCGCAGAAAUGCAUAGGAAAUGACAUGAAAAAUUUAAAAAUAAUGUAUUAUGGGAAACAUUCUCUACUGAUGUCGGAAGAAAGAUUCUAGGGGGAUAGUGUUUAGAGAAGAAAUGCUGUAUACUCCUCUGAGAGAGAUAUUUAGGGAGAUUAUUUUUCCUCAUUCUCUUGUAUAUUAGGCAUAUAUUUCUGAUUGAUAUUAACAGUUGAGGGUCAUCCGAGCAUUUUAUAAU